AUGUUUGGGCAUCCACCUACAUCAAUGCUGUUCAAAAAUGAUUUUGAUUUGCCGGCUCCAAAUCCUAGCACCUUAACAGCAUUUCUGGAAAAUCAGUAUAGGCAACAGAAGCAACCGUUCCAAAUGCAACCUCGAAUUGGAUUGUCGCAUCAACCACUGGUUCCGCCACCACCCGUCCCGCCACCUUAUUCUGCUCCCCAUAUACACAAUAGUGGGUAUUAUCAACUUUCAAAUGGGUUUCUGCAACCACCUAUUCUGGUUCCAUAUGGUGGAAUCCAAAAACCUUUGUAUAAUUUAGAGUAUGAUGAUCCAAAUGAAAAUCCACUAAGUUAUAAUACAGAUCGUGGAUUAGUCGUACCAAUACCGCCAUUACAUAUACAACAACAACUAGUGAAUAGUCUGGAUCCGAUUAAACAAGAUAUUAAUAGAAUUGAAAAUCUACAAAAUGGGAGCUCAAGAAUAAUCACUCAAGAUAUGGAUGGUCACCAAAUAUUACAAUCGAAUUGCUCUCGUUGCAAGAAAAAGUUUGAAGAACCACUAAUAGUGCCUAAAACUAAAGGUGAGUCUGGUACUCGCUUUUUAGCCGAGGCCAAGACUUUCAAAUUAUGUCAACAUUGUCGUGAUUUACAAAGACAGAGAUCAAGAAGAUGGCAAAAGAAAACCAAAGAUAAAAAGGGUGUUUGUCGUCGUUGUGGAUCGGAGAUACCAAUUGAAGAACAAAAAUUUGUAUUAUGUCCUUCUUGUAGACAUAAUUUAAGAGCACGAAAAGCAAAUCGUGCAGCACAGGGCAGAUGCGUGCAUUGCUCUGGUCCAUUAGAUUCUUCUAUCCUAACUAAUGAUGAUACUUUGGUAUCAGCUACUUCUUCCAAGAGCUCAACAUCAAGUGAAGGUUCCAAAGAUGGAGAGCGUGGACGAAUGGGCAACUAUAAAGUUUGUAAAAGAUGUCGUGAAAAUGACAAAAUAAGAAGAACCAAUUUGGAGAAGAUGGGUAAUUGCAACCGUUGUGCUAAAGCUUUAGAUCCUGAAGAUUUUGGUAAACAUAAAGUUUGUGCUAAAUGCAGAUCCAGAAAAAGGAAGGGUUCUACCUCUGCCAGUUCUCCCACGUCCUCAACAAUUGCAAAUAGUCCAAUCCUUAAUAACAUUGGUAAUACCUUAAUGAAUUCUAUUCCUCAUACUAUAGCAGUAGCUGGAAUGUUGCCUCAAGAACAAUCCGGUAUGACAAUUCUUCCUCCUGGUACUGCUAAUGCUUCAUAUCCUGAAAUGGGAGGUGGCCAAUAUGGUGUACCGUUUCAACAUCCACAUUACUCACAGCAACAAUAUGUUCCUGUUCAACUGUAUGGACCACAAGGGCAACUGCAUCCCUUUGGACUCAAUCAACCAGGAAAACCACUUCAAUACAUGCCAAUGAAUCAACAGCAGCAGCAACAACAACAAUCUUAUUCUUCAGACUUCCACAAUUAUUCAAGUAAUAAUCCAAAUUAAUUUUGGACAUGUAAAGGGGACCGGUAGUUUUUACUGGC